CGGCAAGGGCCGCGAAGGCCAUAAGAACGAAUGAGGCACGCAUUUUGGUUUUGGGGUGAAGAGUAGCUGAGUGCUAGAUAGACGGUUUUGGGUGGAUAUAGAUGGAAGGAAUCAACCAACAAGUGUAUCCGACGAUAAUAAGAUAGUGUGGGAAAGAAAGAACCGAAUUCCGAGGAACUGGGGAUGGGGAGCAAAUUUAUAAAAUUCGAUUCCCGCAGGAAGGGCCAUUACGCAAGUAGUGAGUCUGACAGGCCGGAAGAGACCAGGGCGAUUCACCAAAAUAGCAAACAGGCGCAUGUAAAACAAGCACCCGCGCCGUCUUCGAGCAAGCGAUCAGCCCUGCCUUCACCUCCUAGUGGCAAUCUCCACACCCUCUGGAGGGAUGAAUCUCGGACCCGCUUCUGGUAUGAUCGAGCCAUUUCCUUCACGACGAUUUGCUUUUGGCCGGAAAAUGAGUCUGGACUCGUCGAUCUGAGUGGUGGACGCAGAAUCAGAGCCCUGGCAGGCCGGCUGUGCAGCCACCCAAAACAGGUGGAAACUCGAACACCUGCAAAACCUCGAGCGGCAUAUUCACAGCAUUAUUAUUCAUCUUCUUCGGCGCAGCGGCAAGUCAACAUCGAGCGGAAGGAGGCGAUCUUGCCCUUUCAGUCGAAUCCUUGUGAACACCCCUCAGCAGACGCCAACAGGGGAUCCCAACUUUUUUCGUUUUCGAUGGGCUGGCCGAGGGGGUUUGCGUAUGCUUCCUUCUAUUUUUGGGAGGCCUCGCGUCCAUCCAAUUCCUGGUUGGUCUGCUUGCUCGCCUGCAAGCAAUUCUUCGCUUCUUGGUGGAAGGUUCCCAAGUGACGAUUCACUCCUUUUCCUAUUAUUAUUUUUGCUUUUUUUUUCACCAAGCAACCCACUAUUUUGGGCGCAGCCUCUUGGUGUCUCAGCUGCUGGGUCGGUGUUGUUCAUGGGGCAUAACCCAGUGUUCUUUCUGCUGUUGUGCCGCAUGCAACAUAGAGUUUCGGUCACACCCCCAAGACUCCAAGCACUCAACUUGCCUAACAAAAGCAACUAAACAUCGCCAACUAAACCGAUCCCCCGCCAUUGGCCGGAUUGAAACCGAGCCUCAAUGAAUCAACUUCUUUUGCCUUUGUCUUGCGUAAGCCCUUCCGAUCUACAAGGCUUG